AUGUCUCAAGUAAAAGAAUGUCUACAAACAGCACAAUCAUUUGAAUGUUCAAUAUUGCCUAACGCCGUUCCUAAAGCCUGUAUACAGAAAGCUGAAAAAAAAAAUUGUAGAUUUCAAAAUAUAGAGGCUUGCCAAACACUAAAGAAUCGAUUUCAAUAUGUGCAGCCGUGUCGACGAGAAUCGUGCAAACCAAACGUACAAUCGAACGUGAGUAAUAUACCAUUUACUGACGACUCCGUAUACAAUCAUUCGUACUACCAUCACGAUGUGUGUGAAAAUCGACCGAAGCCUAUCGUGCACAAAGAUCACUUAGUCAUGGCCGGAAAAUUUCAAAACCAAACGUCCCAAAGGAUGAGUUACCCAGUACAAUGUGUAUCAGUAGUGCAAAAAAUCGUGCCCAAAGACAAUUGUCCGGAGAACCAAGGACCUAUGCGGAUGAUGACUACCCAACAACACGAUUAUUACGGACCAUGCGACUACGAAGGCCUCGGACGUGGCAAAAAAAUUAUGCAGUCUGACAGCCUUGUGAUAAAUUCUGACUGUCCAAUGGCGGGGCUCACCACGAGCUCUUGUUCUUACCAACCCGUUUGUGUGAAACGAGAGAAAAAUUUUAAACCGAACCAAUGUUAUACCACUCCCGUGGAAAAAAUGGACUUAAACACAACAAACAGAUCUAGCUACAAGAAAAUAGAAAAACAGGAAAAAAUUCGAACACCGUGGGCUACAAAACUAAGCUAUUGCAAACCAAAUAACGCUAUGAACUACUGUACAAUGUAUAACUACAGUUACAAGGAACCCGGUGCGUACAUGUACAAGGAUAAUUGUGGCGAUACAGUUAAUCCCAUGGCGAACAGUAAUUUAGCAAAAAACUGUUGUCCGUUCACCUGUCUGGCUGACAAUGUAGAUAGCGAACUUAAAUCAAAAUUUACAAAAGCACAUCAUUUUGAUGAUUAA